AUUGCUUGAGAGAACAUAAACAUUCAUUUUGAGAAGCCUUACAACAUGUCUUAUUUUGACGAAGGAACUCCAGAUAUCGUUUUAAAAAGUUUAUUUACCAAAUACGAUUCAGACGGAAGCGGAAACUUAAGUAUCUCAGAGCUUCCACAGCUGCUGCAAAAUGAUCUAGGACUAAGUCAGGAAGAGGCUGAAACUUAUUCAUUAUUAGUCGACAAAGAUGCUAGUGGAAAGUUAUCCUUUGAUGAAUUUAGAGCAUGGCUGAACAGCGGAGAGAAAUUAAAAAAUGUGAAUGAUUCUUCUAGGUUUCAUCUCAUGCAUAAAGCAGUUGAAAUGUUUCAAAAAUACGAUCUUGAUCGAAGUGGAGGAUUGGACAGGAAUGAAUUUUUAAAACUGCAUGUUGAGAUGGGCGGUCAAGCUCAAUAUGUCGACUCAGCAUUAAAUGCACUCGAUAAAGAUGGCAACGCGAAGAUUUCGUUUUACGAAUUUCUAAAGUGGUUGAAUUGGAUAGAUGUAUCUGAAUUUUAGAUAAAGCUAGAAGAAAUUUUCUUAUUAAAAAUACUUUUUUUAAACGCAGAAAAUGAAAGUAUUUUUAUCUAAAUUUUCUUUCAGCCUUCGCGCUCAGAAACAUAUAACAUCUGUUCAUUAUGGCGACUAUGUACAACUUCAUUAUUUAUUCUCUUUAUAUAUUUUUCUUUUAUAUUGUACAAUAUCAGUCAUAUACAAAAAAAUCUUUGAAAAUAAAUCAUGAAUUCAAGGA